UGUCAGCUGCAGUAGGCGCAGUUCCUUGUGCAACUCACCUCUAGGAUCUGAAGGGGGGCUGAUGCCUCUAGGACCAGCGCUACAAGCAGAAAGGACUACCCCCUCACCACUAGUGGGGGGCCAAGUUCGCAAAUGGCUGAAGACAGGGACAGACGAAAGGAAAUAGUUAACCGUAAUCACAUGAGGGAAAUGAAGAGCAGGAUAGACUUGGAAUAUGAGGCUUAUUUACGACAUCAGGAGAGAGAAAGAGAGCAAGCUGAGCGUACAAGACAGCAACAAAUUACAUCCCACUAUACCCACAAUCCUUCCAGUAACAUCCAUUCUGCACGCAGUUACAAGAAGCCGUGGCAAUCUGGGAUGACCACAAAGAAAACAGUUACCGGACCAUCAGCUGGAGAGAGAAGACAAGAAUUGCAAGACAACAUCAAGCGAUCCAAGCUUCCACCUAUACAUAAGAACUCAGAAAUCAUAAGAAAGAAGGCGUCAUCCACCUAUCUAAAAGAGCCACAAAAAUCAGCUCCAGUUGUACAACCACGGAUUAUCGUGCACCAGAAGAGGUUACACACACGCCAACUACAAGCCAACCCGACUACCUUGGUCCAAGAUCCCACAAGAACUAAAAGUGCAAAACUACCAAUAUGGGAACCUCAGAAAUUGAACCCUCAGAGACUAAAGCAUGUCGAUGAUGGAAAGCUGAAUAGAGUCAAAGAGCAGGAAAAAAAAAUUAGAGAGCAGAGUGUUGUAAUAUCCACCCAUUCCACACCUGUGAAGCAACAAAGGUUCAUUAGGGGGGACUAUAGAAAGAAAAAGGUUCUUACCCCCAUCUUGACUUCAAUUCAAGACGUCCCCACCACUCCACUGAAAGAAUUUGAAGAACGAUCUUGGGCCAUUCCCAGAUCAUCAGAUUUCACAGAUUCCCCUGUGAUGUGUUUCAAAGAAUGCUCAGAUGGCCUUGAAGAAAGAAACUUUGAAGAGCAUACUGUAAACAGGGAGGAAACAUGUGAGAAUCAUACAAGCACAGAAGAAGGGUAUGUUCUUUCAGAAGUCCCAGUUUCCAAUUCAGAAACGGAUAGAAGAUCAGAAGAAUCAGAAACUGACAGUGUCUCUUUUGAGGAAAAUGAAAAUCAUGAGAACAGAUCGGAUCAAGCCAGGUCAAGUUGCCGUACAGCAUCACCUCAAAGUGAGAUUGUGGAGUCCUACCUUAGAGAUUCAGAAGAUGCAUACAGCAGUGACGAUGAGAAUGAAAGUCUAACAAGCAUUCAUUUCCAAGAUGGUGAAUACAUUGAAGAGACUCUAGAUUUUCAAAACCACCAAGAGUCAUCUGUGAGAACCAGUCUCCCGUCAUCACCAAUAUUUCAUAGGUCACAGGAAGAUAUACCUACAGCAACAAGACUGGUUGACCAAUCUCAUGGAAAUUCUUCAGGAAGUUCUUCUAAUGUGCUUGAUAUGAAUCACCUUUCAAGUUAUAAUGCAGAUAACUGGAGAUCUAGCACCUUAGCACGUGCAAGUACAUCAGAAACUUUGUUUCCUCCAAGUCAAAUUAUUCAUUCUGAUACCAGUCAAGGGCAAAUCCUUGAAGAUCUACUAGACAGAAACUUAACAGACUCACAGGAAGACAGAGCACAGUCUACAGCUAGUAGCAGAACAUCCACUGGCUCUUCCUUUACUCCUUUUGGUUUGGGCACAAUAUCCUCUGCACCUAGCAUAGACGUGCUACAUGAAAAUCUCAGCUUGGUCUUCAUGACUCUAUCCAUGCGACGGCAACCUGGAAACAGACAUUCUGGCAGAGUUUUGUCUACUGCAGACACCAUGGGGGAAGGCAAACCAAAAACAGACCCUGAGAAACUUAAGAAACUACAAGACAGCCUGCUUCAGGAAGAUUCUGAGGAGGAAGGUGACCUGUGUAGGAUUUGUCUCAUGGGUGGAGACAAUGCAGAGAAUCAUCUCAUCACACCUUGCCAGUGCUCAGGAAGCUUAAAAUAUGUCCACCAGGAGUGUAUGAAGAGAUGGCUCCUGGCCAAGAUCACAUCAGGAGCUGAUCUGGACGCUGUGAAAACCUGCGAGAUGUGCAAACAGAACGUUCACACAGAAAUUGAUGGGUUUAACUUGAAUGAACAUUACAGAAGACAUCAGGAGACAAUUCAGGAGCAGAGCGCCCUGGAGCCAAGCUUGUAUCUGUUACUGUUGCUCCACCUGUAUCAGCAAAGGUACGAAGAGCUCCUCCGGCUGAACCGCACUCGGGAUCAGGUAACAGAGAUUGCAAGACGGAUUUCCCAUUUCAGUUUGGAAAACAAUGAAAACAAUGACCAGGAUUCCACCUGAACUCCCAAGGACAGAUGCAACAUUUGCCGUAAUACUAAGCUCUCUCCAUUCAUAUUAGCUUUAACUAUUAAUGGCCUGAAAUCUACAAUCUAUCUGUGGAAAUUAACAGGUGUUUUCUGUUUUUCUUUAAACAAUUAAAAGUCUGUCCCUGAACAAAUCAGUGACUGGUGAUUAAGUGCCACCUCCUUGCACAGUCCCGGGCAUGAAAAAACUGCCAACUCUGUCAUAGCCAUGUGAAUAGGUUGGGAUGCAGGGACUGAGAAGGCCAUAAAUUAGAGAAAUCACAUGUCAUACACGCAGGAGGAUAGGCAUGGAUACAGUGGGUACAAUAGGAAUCUUGGUAGCAAGGGAGGGUUGGCAAGAAGGUCAAUGGUCCCUGGGCCACCAGUGUACAGGAUAUGUGGAACACAGCCUCGUUGUGCCAUUCUUGGUUAAAAGCAGGAGGUGCAUUGAGAUGUUGAUAUACAGAAUAAGGAAACAGGAAGGAAUUGUGCGGGUCCUUUGCUAGCCCAGCAAUGUGUAAGUUUGUGCAUGGACUGGUGGCGCAGAACCUCCAAAUCCUCCAGGCUGGGACUAGGCCACUUGUAUCUUUCCCAGGCUAUGGUGAGCAAGUGACCACAGGGGUGAGAUGAGACAGUACCCAAGACAUUCACCGCAUACCCCUCCUGUCAUUGGUGACAAUGGUGUUGUGUGAAACAGACUGCACAGACCUCUUGGAGAGUGCUCUGAGACUGCGCAGGUCAUACUGGUAGACACUGCAGGGAUAUGUGAUGUCUCACCUUGAAACUCCAGCAGUUUACAUCUGUCAAACCCGUAUAGUGAAUGUUCUCUGCGAGUAGAGCCAAUCACAAUGAGAUCUGUGAGGGUUUGUGCAAAAAAUCCUAUUUGUUUGUACUUUACCCUCCAGGCCAACCAGCCGUCACCCUGUGUGUCAGACAACAAAUUACCGAAUAGAUUUCAAAUCUCUCCCAAAUUCCAUUUUCUCUAAAGUUUAGAAAGGGUUGUCUUAAAGAUACAGAGCUCUAAUUCACAGUAAA